AAGACGUACUAAUUGGUACUAAUCUCGGAAGUAUUGGCGUGAUCAUCUAGCCAUAGUGUUUCAUACAAUAAUUAUUAUUGUAGGGAAAUCUAUGCAUCUCAUGCAUCUAACAUAGCACAAAUGAAGUAGUGUAUAGGAUAGGUGUUCUUUGGUUACCCGCGUGCGUUGCGUGCGAAUCGGCAAGUGAUAUCGUUAUUUCGUCGUGCUUCGUCGAGGACUGCUAGUUUUAUAAAGUGCACAAACUUAAGUAGAAAUAUUUACGGUGGUUUCUCUUCUCCGUCUGAGCUAAGAUGCACAUUUUCGCCUUAACUGCGAGAUUGUCAAAUUUGAGGUUAGCGGUGACCCCACAGCGGUUUAUACCACCUACUGCCGUUGCGUGGAGGAAUUUGCAUACCACGGCCCAGCUCAGUGCGGAGCCGCUUAAAAAGAAGAAGCGACUGGACCCGGCCAUUCUGCGCAUGAGAGAGGAACGAAAGAAGCGAAAGAUCGAAAAGGGUAUUCGUCAGCUCAAGAAGCAUGCCAAAAAGUACAAACCAAUCGAAGAACAGGAGGUUGCCCCAAAGCUGCAAAAGGAGCUAGGAUUAAGGCACAGGGCUCUGCCCGUCUUGAAUCAUGAAACCUGUCAGUUACGAGAAGCAAUGCAGCGUGCCUGGAGCAUUUACUGCAUGCGGAAGCAUCAGAACGAAGCUGCCAUGCUGGAACGCAUCGUGGCGACACAGGAGAAGGCCCUCGAGAUGCUGAAGGAGGAGUCUGAAGAUCUAUACAAUGCAGCCAUUCAGACUGACAAUGGCUUGUUUCCUGCUCAGUUCAAGGCGAUAGUUUCUACUCCUCCAAUCAAGGAUUACGAACCACCUGAUGGGAAGUACGUUGACACUACAAAGAAGUGGAGACCCUAAUGUGUACAGCAGCUUGUUGAAAUAGAUUUAUGCCAAGUAAUCGUUACCCCCUG